GCCAUCUUCAAUUCCUAAGCCUUUCAGUUCCAGUUCCAUUCUUUGUCAUUCUCAACUCAAGGCUGUUGUUCCAUAUUUCAAUCUAUCUUACUCUAGAGUAACUUCAGCCAGUGUAUGGUCUUCUUUAUCAAUCAUCUCUCCUGGUGCGCCGUGGAGCUCUUUGUCAACAUUCGAAAUUCACGCGCAUGACUUGCCUGCCAUCAGCUCACGACCUAGAUGCACAUUUCUGACCACGAGAUCUCUGAGCCAUAAGCCCUUAUCUCAACAUAUAUCUCUCGCCCUACAAUAGUCUGAGAUAAUAGUUCCGCAAUGAAUGGCUCCUCGAAUGGUCACAGCACCACAGGCGUGCAAGGCAAUGCCGAAGGUACAAACCAGGUGAACGGAGGUAGCACAACUUUACUGCCCCAGAUUCAAGAAGCUCUGCAAGUUGUCCACGGUCCAUACUCUACGAAUGACUCCCGAAGAGAAGCCUCGAUAUUUUUAGACAACAUUAAGAGCAACGCCGAGGCUCCUUACCAUGGCUUCACAUUGGCCUCCGACAAGAGCCAGCAGCCUGUGGUCCGCCACUACGCCCUCUCCCUUCUCGAGCACGCGAUGAAGCACAAAUGGGCAGAAUACUCGGAGGCACAGGGUACAGCGCUGCGGGAAUGGAUACUGCAGCUCUCGCAGAAUGUUUCGCCAGAAGACCCAUUAUACCUACGGAACAAGACCGCGCAGUUAUGGGUGGAGAUUGCAAAGAGAAGCUGGGCUGCUGAAUGGCUGGAUAUGGAUCAGCUUCUGGUACAGCUGUGGGAGGUUCCUGGAUCAGUGGUACACAAGGAAUUUGUGCUUUUCGUUCUGGAAACGCUUUCCGACGAAGUGUUCAAUGGCGAAGAUACGGUUGCGAUUCUGCGAGAAGGCGCUCUUAGCAAGGCGUGCGUGGAGAUCUUCACCCCAGCUAUAGUGCUUGCAGAGGCAUUCCCGAAUAGACAAAUCGGUACGACUGUCAGAUAUGGAGAGGAGGGUUGGUUGGUGAGAAUGGGCGAGCUUUUGAAUCAGUGUCUGGACAAUGAUUUGGGAAGCAAUGCACAGUACCAGAGUUGUGCUGUCAGAACUCUGGCUGUUUAUAAGUCAGUUAUGCCAUGGGCGAUCCCAAAAGCAAUCUCUAGUGCAUCUUGCGUCCAGCAUAUGUGCAAGAGUCUUGCUACUCCAAGUGUUGCGGUGCAGCUGGCCUCGGUUGAAGCUCUCCACGCUUUGUACAGCAGAUUACAUUUCUCGGACGAAGAAUUUCUGUCAUUGGUCUGCCCUAUGUACACCAGCCAGAUGGUUGACCUUCUACGCAAACUCUUCGAACAUUCGGUCGUUGAUCCUCGAGAUAUUGAUGAUGAGAAGUAUUUAUUUGCAAAAAAAUUCUCAGAGAUGAUCUCCAACCUCGGCAGCUUCAUAGAGCAAAAGAUCUCAGCCAUCCCAGAAGACUGCGAUCUCCCCAACCUGUUGAAUCUAUUUCUUGCGAUUGCUCAAAGUCAGAGCUUUGUAAUUUCGAUACCCCUUCUUGUCACCUGGACCCGACUUUUGCGCUCAGAUACGAUUGGCAAUUCUCCCACCAUAAACCCCCUAAUUGCACCCCUGCUUGAGUUAUGCAGCUCGAGACUAAUACGCUACGAGAAUCUCCCUGAGGACUCUGAUGACCCUUCUCUGAUAUUCUUACUCGAAGAUAUUGACACAAUUCCUGAGCGACACGCCUUCUUAGGUAACUAUCGGCGAUACAGUGUACAAAUUAUUGAAUGUAUUGUUCGUCAGAAGCGAACGGAAGCCAUUUAUCAUAUUUUGAGCCAAGUUGACAAUUCUAUGCGACAUUUGUACGAUGGACAGUCUCCAUUCUCCAUCGAGUCAUACUCGAAAUCAUCCAUUCCUGUCCUGCGGACUGAUGCACAUUUCACUGUUGUGGAAGCUGCACUGAAAGGAUACAUGAAGUGGAGAUCAGCUUCUGGAUCGAAGCCUCAGGAAGAUGAGCACGAACGAAUUGCUAUGGAAGGCAACAUCGAGGCCUGGUGCGAAGGUCUAAUGGAAAUCAACUUCGAGGAUCCCAUAAUACGAAAACGUAUCCUCCAGCUUGUUGUAGCGUUCUCAACGACCGCUCUUGACAAGCAGGUCUCUUUCAUGUUGAAGGUUUUGGAACAGCUUCUAACCAGUAGGCACGUCGACCGACCAGAGUUCCCUGCAUACAACGAUGCCGUGAAGGAAUUGCAAAGCGACAGUAUUUACGAGCUGCAGAGACUGGCUAGCAAGAUGCCUGAUCAGCUUCUGGAUGUCUAUGAGCAGCUGGAAGCAAAAGUAAAUGAGAUCAUCUCAUCGGGAGCAUUAGAUACAAAGAGGCAGACUUCCUACAAUACAUUUCUUUUUACCAUCAUUCUGAAAGCCUCCAAAAUCGAAUCCAACGUUCGAUUAGAAAAACUUCUUGGAUUUGUCAAUCCAGUCAAGCAAUUGUGGCAAAAUCCAGAAAUGGACCAAGCCUUAGCUUCAUUUGGCGGAUUCUCCGACCUGCUUGGCCUGAGUAAGGUUCGAGACUAUCUUGUGAGCCGAAGAGUACAUGAGAUUGAAGAAUGGGGCCUCUAUCAGCUUGAUGAGGAAGGCCAGUCACUUCAAAGAGAGCUGGAAGAGCGACUAAAGGCCCUUCCAUUACGAACAACGAAAUCGUUCCUGAGUUGCUCCACAGACAAAGUAGAAAAGGACACUUCAACAUACAAGGUUUCGCUUCUUCUAUGGCGUGAAGCAUUACCGGUUAUGCUGCCAAGCCUGCUCAAGUUCUUGAGUCACGCUCAUUCAUUCCACAACCCGGCGAACUGGACCGGUCUUCCUCCCAAUAUGCGAUCCUUGGUCAGCCGGAUUUUGACCGACAGAUUCUGGCAAGCAGGUAUCUCAACUGGCAGCAAAGACGACUUUUACGCUCGUGUUACUGGCACUAGGAGCACAAUGGAAGGAUUUGCUUCUUCAAUUCGCGGCUCCAUCCGCAACAUUAGAGAAGCUUGUUACUCGAUUCUUUGGUGUAUGAGCAAGCUUGACGUCGACUUUUACGGAUUCAACGAACUGCCUGGACCAUUAGCACAUGCUCUGUUUGCUGAUGCUGACUGUUUAUCGACACAUCAGCUCAUUGCCUUACUUAACGUUGUUCGCCUACUGGUUGAUGACUGCCCGGUCGAACUGCGAAGUCACUUUGUCCCUCCAAUCCUCGCAACUUGUUUUGCACAGAUAGAUGCCAAGUGCAGUUCGGAGUGGGAGAAGCUUGCCCAUAAGCAGGUGGCAGCGACUGAUGGAGAUAACCUGACUGAUGAGAUGAAGGCAGAGAGUAUUCUACGCCAAUUAACUCACGCAGCAGUCAUGAUAGCUGCUGGCGUGUUGGAUCCUGCUCGUCAAAAUAUUGCAGCAAGCACAGCAACUGCGAAAGAUGCUUCGACAUAUAAAAGCGACGACGCGGCAUCGGCAUAUCCAUCCAUGAGAACGUUCUGCCUAACCUCCUCCACCAUUAUAGAGCCUCUCCUCAUGUUUAUGACCCAUGCAAUUCGUAUGCGUGAUGGUCGAUGCUGCGGGGUCGUCUUGCGUGUCUUCCGCUCCCUCAUCCCCGACUUUGCUACCCAAAGCGCACCUCUCGCGCCAUCCAUCCGUGAGUUCAUCAGCACCGACGUCCUGAAGGCCUGCAUCUCCUCACUUAACGAACCCUAUUUUGUCGACUUACAAAAAGACCUCGCCCAACUCAUUGCCUCUAUCCUCAUCUACUACUCCAGCCUGACCCCUACCCCUCGACAAAUUCUCGUCAGCAUCCCAGGCGUCGAAGAGCGCGCGGUCGAUAAAUGCAUCGAUUAUGUUACCCGCCAAGGAAUGCAACAGCGUCAGCAGCGGGCUUUGGUCCUCGACCUCCUCCGUGAUAUCAAGGGAGUCAGUAUCAGUGAACAAGGCCGAAUCACCAAGUCUGUAUCUGCGGUUCGGAAGGAUCGUAGCAAGAUGCAGCAGGGGUUCAUGAAGGAGCCGCCACCUUCAACUGAGCCGAGGCAGUCGAGUCCUAGUUUGGUAGGAGUCGCUAAUAUGUUUGAAGAGCUAUGAUACCGGUGAUUGAUUCGACUUUCAUAACUCGCGUGAUGCCAGCUUAUGCGGUGUGGCGGCUAAUACUUUUCAUUUCUUCUGAUGAUGGCGGCAUGAUCUGAUUGCUCGCACUACUCAUCAUUCGGGACCGCAUCAUAGCAUGAUGUGUUUACAAACAAACAAGGUCAUGGUUCCUACAUCAACCCGCAUGACAAGCGAAUGGGAUGAAAUGGAACAGAUAUCUAAACGAAAACGAAAACGACGAACCGAGGCUGUUUCCUCUUCUCACCGCCCGCUGCUGCGAUCUUCCUUUCUUUUCUCAUUUGCUCCCGAGAGAGAAACAGAUCACCCGGCAUGAACAUGAGCUGAGCAUGGAUAUACGAAGUCGGCUGGUAGAGAUACUUCUCGCUUUGCUUUGUAAGAUUGAAAGGCACUUGACUGCGAGCGGGGUUGGCGAUUGGGAAAAAGAAAAAUGGGCAGGGCCUGGCUGGCGGGGUCAACUUUCUUUUCAUACUAGAGCACUGGAUGAUGGCGGGGUUAUUAGAUGGGAUAUUGAGCGAUCAAUAUCAGUUUAUUGGGCAGUGUUAUUCUCGGUUGAAAGAUAGGUGCAAAGAGAAGAGUGGAGGAGUGAAAGCCCGACGGCCAAGGGAAAUGUGUAUUUAGAUACGAGGUGCGAAAUAGCUGUGCCGUAGACAGACGAACUGAGUAUUCAUAUCGUGGCCAGCCUUUUGACCUGCUCAUCACACAUAUCAUCUCGGUCAGUUGUAGUAUCCGAGGGCUGUUUCGCUUGUUUUCCCUCCUCCUUAAUUGAUUGUAUCAAGGUAAGUGCCGUCCCGAAUUAUUUCCCAAGUGUGAAGUUUCACACAGCGUUGGAUCUACAGCAUGGCCCUGAUGUUCAUUUUAUUCUCAACUUGUUGCUACUACUCCCUUUAUCAUUGGGUCUGACAAUG